CUAUUCGCUUCCCUUUUCUAUCAAGAGGGAUACAAGCAGAGGGCAGCCCAAUCAUGGGGGAAAUAGCUACAUUCACAGAAAUAUUCCGCUCUUACACCAUGUCGCAGUUAAACGAAUUGUUGGAAGAUGAUGAGAAGCUUAACAAAAUUGUCACGGAAAUGGACGAGAUGUUGGAGGUCCAGCAGAGUAAGGAGAUGACGCUGGCCAGCAAUCGCAGCUUGGCCGAGCAGAACCUCCUCCUCCAGCCCGACCUGGACCACCAGAAGAACCAGCUCACCAAACGCUACAGGCACUUACAGGAGCUCUAUGAGGCCUAUCAGCUGCGCAAGUCCACACUAGACCAUAAUUCAGGAAACGGCUCACUGGACACACUGCUGGCUCUGCUGCAGGCCGAGGGAGCCAAGAUUGAGGAGGAAACUGAGAACAUAGCAGACUCGUUCCUGGAUAACGAGAUGCCUCUGGACUCCUUCAUCGACGACUACCAGAGCAAGAGGAAGCUGGCGCACCUGCGACGCGUGAAAAUCGACAAGCUACGGGAGAUGGUUCUGAAGGGCCCCUCCGCCUCUCUGCCCCCGAGCUCCGCCACACACACUCCCACACAGCCCCUGGCCCCAGAGCCCUCCUCCCCCUUCCUCGGUUACACCAACGGCUCCCCUGUGCCCCUCCCUAGACGGGGCGCCCUGCCCAACCCCCCGCCGCCAGCCCAGAUGGGCCCUCAGCUGCCGUACCCCAUGGCCCCGUACCCCAUGCCAAGCUACCCCAGCCCCGUGUUCCAACCAUACCCAGCAUCACACCCACAGAGGCCCACUCCAGGCUUGCCACCCAGGACUGGCUUUAUACUGCAGUGAGGUGGAGGAAGGGCGGUCUCCUGCUGCAACCCUGUAUUUCAGAAAUACAUAACUGAAGCAUAUGUCAGAAAGCACUUUGAUGGAACAUAUUAUGUACUCUUCUUGGGGAGGUUUAGGGGGUGGGGGAUUAUGGUGUUUUAAUAAUGUCGUCACUACAAAGAUUUUUUCUUUUCAUCUAGCUAGCCAUCUAUCCUGUGUCAGUGAUGAAGGCGUAAAUUGAAUUGAAUGAAGUUGAGUAAGAUCUUUAUCCCUCUUUUAUGGAAGACAAAAGGAUUCACCCGUUAACAGGAUUAUCUUGAUCAUUUUGAUCUGAAUGCAUUGUUAACAGCAUGAAAAAAUAGGUAAGAUGUAUGUUUUGGGUUUUUUUGUUCUCUUAAAAUAACUCCAAUGACUGACUAGCUUGAAAGUGAUUGCUUGGUGUUGCUCCUUCAGUUGUGACUUGUUUAUGCAAACUGAAAUGUUAAACUGUGUUCUUUGGUAUUCACAGAGAAACUGUUUCCUCUCAUUACGAGAUUUACACUUUUUGUUUUUACUGGAAGGUUGGAUUAUUUACUAGUCCCCCCCCUUCUUUUGCUCUUAGUUUAGUUAUGCCAUACAAGCAUAAGAAAUGUAGAAACAGCCAACAGAUUUAUAACUGGACCUACUGUAUGUUAAAAUGAAGGUGCUCAAUUGAUCAUCCUAGACUCAUAGGAUAAUUAGAUAUCAUUGCCAUAGAAACCUCAUAAUUUUUUUAACAUAGGAAAAACUGUGAUACAUCACAGCAAUAUUAUAACUCAGUGAAUACAUGAACUAAAUUUGAUUAGUUAGUUGAUACUCCUCAAUCUUGUAUACCUUGACACUCCUACCUGGAUGUUAGUAAUGACUCGACUAUCUUUAUGCUCAAAAAGAACGCUGUUCAGUUUGAGUUUAAACGAUGUUUACAUCAUAUACUGAACUGUAGGCCUAGAACCACUGGCGGUUAUGGCAUUAUUUUAUAGUCAGAAAAUGAUUUUACAACUAAUUAGAAAUUCUUGUUUACCUUGUGAGUUACUUCAGGCUAAGAUAUAAUCACAAGUCAGUAAAACAGAAUGAUGUGCCUUGUAGUUCAGUUUAAGUGUGUGGGAUAAUUAAUUACAAGAGAAAUCUGUAAAAUGGUCCGUGCCCAUUUUGUAUUUCUGUUGAAGAAACUGCUGGUGCUUUUCAGUUACAGGAACUCUUUAUUUUCUGUAAAUACAGGCAACCCAUGCCCUAGUAGAGGAUGUCAGGUCCAAUGAUCUACAAAGCCUUCUGCAGCUCGUUUCAUUCUGUAACAUAGUUCCUCUGCACUCCCUAUGUGAAGACUAUAAUAAUGAAGUGAAAACGGGUGGUGGACUGUGCUAGUUACCUCCUAUUUUUACUGCUAAUCAAUAAAAAAGCAUUUUAUAAA